GGCCUGUGGGCGGGGCCCAGAGGCGGGCGGAGCCGGGUAGGGCCUGGGCGGCGGGGCUGUCUCUGGCCGCCGUCCCGCCCCUCCCGUCCGGCCGCCGCCGCCGCCACCGCCGCCGCCGCCGCCGCCGCCUGGGGGUUGGUUGAGGCGGACGGUGGGGUCCCGGCCGGAGUGUGGCGCCGCCGCUGCGUGUAAGCAAAGCGGGCAGUCAGAAAAUGGGUAAGAAGAGUCGAGUGAAAACUCAGAAAUCAGGUACUGGGGCCACAGCCACCGUGUCACCAAAGGAAAUCUUGAAUCUGACAAGUGAGCUGUUGCAGAAAUGCAGCAGUCCUGCACCCGGCCCAGGAAAAGAAUGGGAAGAGUACACACAGAUCCGGUCUCUGGUUGAGAAAAUAAGAAAGAAGCAAAAAGGUCUGUCUGUUACUUUUGAUGGGAAAAGAGAAGAUUACUUCCCUGAUCUAAUGAAAUGGGCCUCUGAAAACGGGGCUUCUGUCGAGGGUUUUGAAAUGGUUAACUUCAAAGAAGAGGGCUUUGGUUUGAGAGCAACAAGAGACAUCAAGGCAGAAGAAUUGUUCUUAUGGGUUCCACGAAAGUUACUAAUGACUGUUGAAUCUGCUAAGAAUUCAGUAUUGGGGCCCCUGUAUUCUCAAGACCGAAUUCUCCAAGCCAUGGGAAACAUUGCGUUGGCCUUUCAUCUGCUGUGUGAGCGAGCCAGCCCCAACUCUUUCUGGCAGCCAUACAUUCAGACCCUCCCCAGUGAAUAUGACACCCCUCUCUACUUUGAAGAAGAGGAAGUGCGAUGUCUUCAGUCGACACAAGCCAUCCAUGAUGUCUUCAGCCAGUAUAAAAACACAGCACGCCAGUAUGCCUAUUUCUAUAAAGUCAUCCAGACCCAUCCUCAUGCCAACAAACUGCCCUUGAAGGAUUCUUUCACUUACGAGGACUACAGGUGGGCAGUCUCUUCAGUUAUGACUCGACAAAACCAAAUUCCCACAGAGGAUGGCUCCCGGGUGACCUUGGCCCUGAUUCCUUUAUGGGACAUGUGCAAUCACACCAACGGCCUGAUCACAACUGGUUAUAACCUGGAAGAUGACCGCUGUGAGUGUGUAGCCCUACAGGACUUUCAAGCUGGAGAUCAGAUUUACAUUUUUUAUGGCACUCGGUCAAAUGCAGAGUUUGUGAUCCACAGUGGUUUUUUCUUUGACAAUAAUUCACACGACAGAGUAAAAAUAAAGCUUGGAGUGAGUAAAAGUGACAGGCUCUACGCCAUGAAGGCCGAGGUCUUGGCUCGUGCCGGCAUCCCAACAUCCAGUGUUUUUGCAUUGCAUUUUACUGAGCCACCCAUCUCUGCCCAGCUUCUGGCUUUUCUCCGAGUAUUCUGCAUGACUGAAGAGGAAUUGAAAGAGCACUUGCUAGGGGACAGUGCCAUUGACAGGAUCUUCACUCUGGGGAAUUCCGAGUUUCCUGUCAGCUGGGACAAUGAGGUCAAACUUUGGACAUUUCUGGAAGAUAGAGCCUCACUUCUUUUAAAAACAUAUAAAACGACAAUUGAGGAAGAUAAGAUCGUCUUGAAAAACCCUGACCUGUCUGUCCGUGCCACAAUGGCCAUCAAAUUGCGCUUGGGUGAAAAGGAAAUUUUGGAAAAAGCUGUGAAGAGCGCAGCCAUGAACCGGGAAUACUACCGAAAACACAUGGAGGAGAGGGCUCCGCUGCCCAGAUACGAAGAGAGUGACCUGGGACUCUUAGAGGGCGGUGUGGGGGACUCUAGGCUCCCUCUGGUCCUGAGAAAGCUGGAGGAGGAGGCAGGUGUGCAGGAGUCUCUGAGCCUCACGGAGACUGUCAGCAAAGCCAAGGCUUCUGAGAACGGGCUCGUCAAUGGGGAAAACGUGAUCCCUAAUGGGACCAAAGAGUCUUCAGGCAGCAUGGGCGAAGCAAAGGAGCGGCUCUGAGAUGCACUCGUUGGGAAUCCAGUCAGCAGAAGUUGUGGACAGCCCACUACAUUGCUGUGUUCCUUGUUAACAUUUUUCUUUUCGCAGAGAGGAAAUAUGUUUUUGCUGCUUUAUAUAAAAGUGAUUUUUAAGUUAUUUUAAAGAUCUAGCUUCCCUUUUUGAUUAAGAUUGCCAUCUUGCUUCUGGGCUGAGCUAGUCAACAGUGACAGAGGGAGGAGGAGGAGGUGCCUUUGGGAGACUGUGCAGACCAGUUGUCAGUUGUAGACACUUGAGUCUCUUCCUGGGGAAGAGUUGAAGUCCUCCAUCAGCUGUGCUCUGCAGGCCUACCAUCCUUACUCCAGAAUGAAAGCUGGCUCUGCCUCCUGCUGAGGAGCCAAGGUCGGACUCUAGGUGUUCAGCAGACAGUGGGGAUGAGGCACAGUGGAAAGAGAGCCAAGUGAGGUCUGGGCAAAUCUUUUUUUUUUUUUUUCCUCCUUAAAAAUAAUAUCCCCAGUACCAAAAGACAAGGUAAGGUGGCAACCUGAUUUUUAAUGGCUUAAAAUAUUGAUGAUGAUCUUAAUUCUAUAAAUACACACAUAUAUCUAGUGAUUUCUAAGGAUUUGUUUUCUUUUUGUGUUCUGUUUUGCUGUAUUAAAAACUUGUCCUUUUCCUGAAAUCAAAGUAGGACUUGUGUCCUCUUCCUUCAUUUUAAAUGCUGACUCUGAUUUCAGAGGUGCACUGGCUUCUUCCAGUGAUGGCAGUGGACUCUCACAGACACAGCCGCCACAGCUUCAUGCAGUGGAUUCAGGAUGAGUUGGCUCCUUGGCUUUUCCAGUUUUCACAGGCUAGAGAUUUUUCAAAGCUACCCUUUUGAGUAAAACCCCUUAUUAAAAGACAAACAUGA